AUGCCGCGUGUUGCAAGAGAUUCGAGCGGGAGCCUGAGCCGGCAGACUGUUGUUAUGAGAAUGGCGCGCGAAAGUAGCAAGGCGUCUCCAGUGAAGUAUGAGCACCUCCCAAAGGCACAUUCACCUGAAGCGCCACGAAGGGAUGCGCAACUAGCUCUCAACGAUGACAAAGGCGAAAAGGUUGCCCGAUUACAAUCUCGACAGGCCCUCCAAGAAAUCCAUAUGAACGAAAUCCGCGCCGCAGCCAGUCCCAUGCGCAAACUCAACCAGAGACGAAGAGAGUCCAAUUACAGCAACAUGUCAGACUCACCCCGAACACCAAGGACUUCAGACCAUGGAGCACAGGUGCGAAGAAGAGGAGGACUCAAUAACCAACAGCGCAGUAACAGCGACCUCCCGCGGAACAGCAUUGGCCGUGUCGCCGAAGACAACGGGGUCACGCCCAUGAAACGCGUCCCAAUCCUUGCCAAUUUCGAAGAAUGGAUGAAAAUGGCAACGGAUAACAAGAUUAAUGCUGCGAACUCAUGGAAUUUUGCGCUGAUAGACUACUUCCAUGACAUGAGCCUGUUGAAAGAGGGAGAUGGAGUCAAUUUUCAGAAGGCGAGCUGCACGCUAGACGGCUGCGUCAAGAUCUACACGAGUAGAGUCGACAGCGUCGCAACGGAGACUGGCCGCUUGUUGAGCGGUCUUGCUGAUGGCGGUGAGGCAAGCAAGAAGAGAAGUAAAGGCGAUGGCGAAGAGGAUGAAGGCGAAGAUGGCGAAGACGACGAGGAGGGCGACGAUGGUGAGGGCGGCGAGAAGAAGAAAUCCAAGAAGAAGCCCGCACGAAGUCAUGAAGCCACGCUCGCACCUGGCUUUGCGUCUUUCCAAGGCAAGAAGCUGGAACUCGAGUUUGCGGUCGACCCGCUUUUCAAGAAGGCAUCUGCGGAUUUUGAUGAGGGAGGAGCUAAGGGCUUGCUACUGAAUCAUCUGUCUAUUGACUCUGACGGGCGCAUCGUGUUCGAUAGCAGCGAUGAUGCGGGAGAUGCUGCUUUGGGAGGUGACAAAGAUAACAAUCAACAAGAAGAAGAACAUGAGAUGGGCUCUACAGGAAAAGAGCAACACGAGCCUGAUUUAACCGCUCACGGUGAGGACCCGGUUGCAGAUGAGCAAGACGAAGAAAUCGACCUUGCUUCCCUAGCAUCCAAGUUCUUCCCGGACAUGGGCAUAUUGGAGUCACAGGAUAUUUGCCCUUCGAUGAAAUCCUUUACAUUGGGCGACCCAUCAGGAGAUCUGAACCUACCCUUCCUCAAAGUACCCGAAGACUGGAAAGAGCAGAAACGAUCACAGACGCCAGCGCCUGGAACAAAUCUCCCCCUAGAUUUGGCCGAUCAGACUGGAAUUUUCCUCGAUGGAAGCAAUGCCAUGGGUUUCGACGAUGACUAUGACGACGGCGACGGGUUGCUCGGUGGCUUCGACGUCGCGGACAAUGUGGGAUUUGGCGAAGGAGGAGAGGCCUGGGCCAAAGAUGCCGCCAUCGAAGCUCAAGCCCGAGUUGCUCGAGCAGAAGACGUGGAUGAUAACCUUUUGGAAAAUGGAGGUGAUGGCUACGCAUUGUCUCUGCAGCACAAGUACCAAGAAGACGCAGAGCACGAGUCUAUCAUGGCUUAUUUCGACAAAGCAUUCAACUCACGCGCAAAGGGCAAGACAGCGUUUCUCACCCUUGAAAACUGGCGGAUGCAGAAGAUCCAGAAAGCACAACAACAAGAAGCCAGCGGCACCAAUGCUGCACCCACAAGGCAGAAGAAGGAAAAGGAGCCAUAUGAGAUUGAUUUUCUGGGCCCCAUGUCAGACUCCUUGAGGGAGUUACUUGAACAGCCGCCCGUUCUGAAUUCGCAAAUUUCUCUGCCCAAAUCGCAGUGGCGGACAAAAGGCCGAAAUCUGCUGGACAAAGAUGACGAGGUUGUGGACCCCAGAAAGUUAAUGCGCUUAUGGACCAAGCCAAAGUGUCGAGUGGGCAGGAUCAGAAGAAAAGAAGGGGGUGUCGGUAUGGGGAUUAUCGACGAGGGUUUCGGGGCGAGGAACCGUGUCGGAACCACGAACGCCUCUGGUGAAGGUCCUGGUGAUGAGCUGGAUGAUGAGGGCAGAAAGGGAGACUAUGAUGCAAACUUCUUCGCGGACGACGACCAGAUGCUUCCAUUUGAUGGCCCAUUACCCAUUGACGAAGAUGACGACGAUGAUGGGCUUGGUGACGGAGGCGGUGAUGAUGGUGGACAGGCUUUUAUGGAUGCGAGGGAAAUGUUGUCGCCUCAACCCGAGUCACAGCAAGAUCAGCAUCUAAACCUCCUCACCGGCGAAGCUGGAGCGGACAAUGAUCUCGCCGGGUCUGAACAGUCACCGCAAGACUCGCAACCACAACAAAGUCAACCGGAGCUCCUUCCGGGCAGUUUCGGAAGCCAACUUGUGACACAGGCUGGAAGAAGAAUUCGACCCGAGUACGUCAACUACGCACGUACGGCGAAGAAGGUCGACGUGAGGAGGUUGAAGGAGAAUAUGUGGAAGGGCAUGGAGGGCCGGUUGAAGUUGAUAAAUGUGUUUGAUCGACCGUCCGCCAUCCCAACAGCAACUGAGCCACAAAAGGGUGAAGAUGGUGACGGCGAUGUCGACAUGAUGGAUAUCGAUGACCCGAGCCCGCCUCAGCAUGAACCUCAACCCGAAGCAGAGGCCGAGCCUCCUGCACCCAAACCCACCGAUCUAGAUCCGUCGAGUGACGCCAGUGACGGCACAUUGAACUUCACCGACCUCAUCCAAGACCUCCGCUCCUUCUACCCGGAGCCCCAGAUGAAGGACAUCAGCACAUCAUACUGUUUCAUUUGCUUGUUACAUCUGGCGAAUGAGAAGGGGUUGGUGUUACAGGGUGAGACCGGGGAUGGGAACAACGCCAUGCAGGAGAUUAGGGUCACCAGGGAUCCGAACGUCGGAGAGGGAUAUGAAGGGGAAUGA